UUGUGUUUUUUUUUUGGAAUGUUAUCUUAAGAAUUUUUACUGAUAAUAGCAUAAAUUCCACUAAAAGCGACAAACACGUCGCAAAAGUGUUAGUUGCUUGUCGAUUAUGAAGACACAAAGUGUGAUUUUCGUUUUGGCUCUUUUAGGGGCUUGCUCUUGGGCUCGGCCCCCGAAACACGUCAAGCCCCGCCCCCAUGAUCAUUCUAAAUGUCAUUACGUCUUGUUAACAGAAGAUGAGGAUGACAGUAGUAGUGACAGUGAUGAUUUUCCCGACAACGAAGUACCAAUAGUGGCCACUGAGUUCCCCCCCAACCACAUUUAUGACCCAUUUUUGGACACCGAAGUCCCAGAUGGGCCUUAUUUUAACCCAAACCGAAUCGUUGAUUUUAUCGGAAUUAAACACCGAUUUUCAAACGAGUCGAAUUUGGCAUUUCCGCCCUAUGUCAACACGGGGAAAAGACGUAAAGCAAUAAAGAAGAAUAAGAAAAAAAUUGUGAAAAAACACAAGAAAAAUUCGAAAACGGGAAAAAAGUCACUCGGCUCCGCCUCGUGAAAUAAAACGAAUGUUAAUUUUGCAUAAUUUUUUUAUUCAAAAUCUUAAUUAAGAACGAGAUCUGGAAUAAAAUAAAAACAUUUGAAAUGUCAAAUUUACGCCGCCGCCUCUGACGCGUCCGGCUCGUUGACUUGAGACUCAUACUGUAGUGCAUUUUCGUACGCUUUUUUCACAGCCUUUCUAUCGGCAGGCUUCCUCGGUUCAUUCGUCUGCAAAAACAAUUACAGAAAUGACAAAUCGCAAACAUACACGGUGUCCCAAGUUUCAGUGCCAGUCAAAAAAUAAAUACUUCUAGUUGCUUAAAAGAAACAAAUUAUAUUUCAAACGAUAGAGUUUGUAACACGCUUCAAUUUUAUCCCAAAUUUUCAUGGUAUGAGUAAAAAUAUAUUUUUUCUUUAGGGCAACUCGAUGUAAUUAUUAUUUGACUGGCUCUAAAACUUGAAACACCCUGUACAAGGGCUCACCUUCGCCUCGUCCCUCUCCCUAUCAAUCCCCAGAAUCUCCAAUUUCUCGGCCGGUAGCCACUGCCACGUCCUUUUCGCGUCAAAAAACAACACCAAAUACACAAGUUCGGUAUAAUUCGAUUUCAAGGCCAAGACUUCGGCCGGGGGCGACGGUAUCGGUACCCCCUUAUGUACGUGCCCUUUGGGCAUUUCGGGGUCAAUUAUCAGCGCGGGAUACCACGGAUAUCCCCUACAUUUCGCCCAAACUAGUUGCAAAGGCUUCAAUUCGAUUUUUUCGGGCACGAGGUCCGAAUUUUCGGGCACCGUGUCCGAAUUACUGUCGUCUUCGGACUCGACUUCGGACAGUUCGUGCGAGUAACAAGUUGACAGACUCGUGCCACUGUCACUGUUUUCGUCGGCUGAGGUCUGGUGACCUGCGCGGUACACUUUGAAGCUGUCAGGGACCGAAUCGAGCUUUUUGGAGUCGACGGUGGGGCCCACAGUGGCCUCGGCGGUGCGUCUGGGACGGCCUUUCUUCUUACUGAAAAUGACAAAAAACCUAUAGGGUUAACACACUCGGCUUCGCCUCGUGUGACGCAUCGUUGGCCCAAUUUGACUUAUCUUCCAGCAGUCAGGCCAUUAAUCAGCGUCGGCUGCUUGAUUUAUAACAAUGAUAAAAUGCUUUUUUAAAUAGCGGCCGUCGUUAAAUCACCUCACAGCCAACUACGACUCAAUAUGAACACGUUAAAUUUUGCCAUUGUCACUCUUUUGUUUUCGUUCGUUUUCGCAGGUGACGGGGGCCCUUGUGGCCCCUUAGACGCCUGUCCGGACGGUUAUCAAUGUUUCAACAGUCGGUGUGAUAACGGCUUGACCAUGGGCAUGUACAGGAGAAUUAUUGUGAUUUACGACGACAGUAGCUCCGAUUAUAGCCAAAGUUUAAACAGUAGUGAAAGUAAUUCUAAUUACACUAGUAACAGCUCAGAAUCAUAAUAAAUUUACUACUCGGCUUCGCCUCGCCUCAUAAAAUAAACCAAUGACAAAAACAAACGCAUUAUAUUUUUCCGAUACUUCCUGUGUUAAUUAAUUACUUUCCCUUAUCUUGUAGCAAUUAAUUGCGCAAAUUAGCCAAUCGCCUACUUGAUUUACGACGCGAUAAAUACCGGCCAUAAUUUAAAAAGUGUCCCUCGUAAAAAAUUCUCACUCACUACUGAACCGUCCAAAAUGAAACUUUUUUUUAUCGUUACGUUUUUGUUUUAUUGUGUAACGACAGGGGAAGGAGCCUGUGGUUCCUUGUUCUCCUGUCCUGAAGGUUACCAAUGUUUUGAAAAUCGGUGCGUUGCAGGUUUGCCACCACAAAGACAAAUACGAGUCGAUGAUAACAAUCAAGUCUACUAUGAUUUAAAUGGCACCGAUUAUAGCCAAUUUGUGAGUCAAGAAGGCUAUGAAAUUAUCGUGAAUAUCAACAGUACACUAGAUUCGUCAUAAAAUCUACAGUCGUUCGGGUUUUAGACAGGAGGCGAAGCCUACUACUGAUAACAGGUUAUACAGGGUGAUUAUUUUAGAGCCUACAUUAAGAUUCCGGAACUGAUUAUAAAAUAGGUUUUUCCAAUAAAACGAUCCUGAUUUUUCAAUUGAAAUCAAAAGAACAUCGCUUUUUAUGGGAAUUUUUAUCAAUAUCUUCUAAAUCUAUCUCUUACAGUAUUUAAAAUAAUCGCAAAAAAUGUUUGUGAUUUUUGUGAUUAUUUCCAAAAAUGUAAGCAAUAGAUAUAGGAGGUGUUGAUAAAAGUUACCAUAAAUGUUGAUGUUCUUUCGAUUGUCAUUAAAAAAACAGAGUUAUAGCUGUUUUUGACAGCUACUUUGAAAAAAUCAUACUAGCCUUGCAAUUUGACAGUUGACAAUUUUGAAAAUUUUAAAAAGGCUCUUCAAACCUUCGGUUAUCAAAUGCAAAAAAAUAAUCGCAACGGGUUCAAGAGCUGCGAUAUUUUGAAUAAACUCUUGAAAUGAAAAUUUUUACAAAAAACUGUCAAAAAAGUCAAAAAACUAUGACAAAUAAGUACGAACAACUUGGGUAAAUUUUACUCAAUUUGAGAACGUGAAUUAAAAAAUGCAUAAAAAUGUGUGGUAACUAUUUAAAAUUUCAAAGUUGGCGCCAUAAUAAUAGUAAUAGAUUUUGAAAAUAAUUUAUUUAAAGUCGAUUUAGACCGAUUACAACACUUUAAAGCUCUGGUUAUAUUCCAGUGUAGACCCUAAAAGAAUCACCCUGUAUAGGUCUUUAACGACACUCGGCUUCGCCUCGUGUCGCUACGUCGCUUAAUAAACAUCCUGACUAAAAUAAACGCAUUUUUCUUAUCACUGGACACUCCCUUUACCAAUUUUUGUUUUUGUUUCAACAAUUUUCGUUCAAACGAACCUUUGAUAACAAAAAAAUUAAAAUAAUAACGGCGUCACGUCGAUAAGAAUAUAAUUAAAAUAAAAAUAAACGACAAUAAGUUCGUGUCACUGUCAUUGAAACGUCCAAAAUGACAAGAAUAAUCCUUCUCAUGUUAUUUUUAGCGAUUUCAGAGGUGACACUACUUGAACCGUGCGGUCCUCGUCAAGCAUGCCCUGAACCGUACACAUGUUUUAACAGUUAUUGUGACGAUGGCAAGUCGAUGGGUAUGUACAUCAAUGAAGACUUGUAUAAUUCUAACGAUUAUUGUGAAAAAUGGAAUGAUUUAUGUCAAGCCAUAAAACCCUAUUUCAAGUGAAAUUGAAAACUCGGCUUCGCCUCGGCUAAUAAAACCUUAAAACAAA